CCUCUCUCCUCUCUCCCUCUUUCUGGCCAGCCCCCCAGCCCCUGCUGAGCAGUCCAGAGCAUCAUGGCCAACAGGAGCCCCAGCAUCCGGAUUGGAGAUGAUGCACCAGGCUAUGACCUGGACUGCUUUAGCAUCCCGAAGAAUUACGUGCAAGAUCUGGAAAAGGUGUUCAUCCCUCAUGGGCUCAUCAUGGACAGGAUUGAGCAGCUGGCCCGAGACGUGCUCCAGGACAUGGGAGGCCAGCACAUCGUGGCCCUCUGUGUCCUCAAGGGGGCCUAUAAGUUCUUUUCCGACUUGCUGAAUGCCAUGGAGACCCUGAACAGGAACUCAGACCAGGCCAGUCCCAUAACGGUGGACUUCAUCCGAGUGAGCAGCUACUGCAAUGACCAGUCAACGGGCAGCGUGCGAGUGCUGGGGGGAGCCGACCUCUCCAGCCUCGCUGGGAAGAACGUCCUGAUUGUGGAAGACAUCGUGGACACGGGCAGAACCAUGCAGGCUCUGCUUCCCCUGGUGGAGCAGCAUGGCCCCAGGAUGGUGAGGGUGGCCAGCCUGCUGGUGAAAAGGACCCCUCGAAGUCUGGGCUACACCCCGGACUUCUCUGGCUUUGAAAUUCCAGACAGAUACGUGGUGGGAUACGCCUUUGACUACAACGAUUACUUCAGGGACUUAAGCCAUGUCUGUACCCUCAGAGAGACUGCCAGAGACAAGUACGCCCUGGCUGUGCAGAAGCUCUGAAGGCCCCUGAGGAGACCCGUCCCAGAGACAUCCCCAGCCCACUUGGUCCCGGGCUUCCGGCUCUGGGGAGCUCAUGCUUAAUAAAUAAAGCUUUUUGCAUGUACAGUACUCGCUCGUCUUGUGUGUUUUUACCUGUGAUUUUAUGUGAUUUGCACAACACAACCUCAAAGAGACAUCA